CCAUUGCACCCCAUCGCUUCCCCCUCAUCCCCACCCUCCCACGCCCACCACACGGCUGCAAUUCGCCUCUUCAUUCUGCUCGCGAUCGCGCAGUCGCUCUACGCCCCUGCGCACCGCGAUUUUCUCGUGCACCACCGCACCACGCUGUCAAGCGCCUCAUCGCAUCGCACGUCUCGUCUCGUACCCUCGUAGCUAUGGCCGACGACGCAACAACAAGCGCAUCCGCCCAGGACCCCACCCUUUCUGGAGAAGGCACCGCAGACAGCAAUGCGCUUGAUCAAGACACAAACAUGCUCGAAGACACUGCCGUCAAGGCGUCGUCAAAUGAGCCCGCGACUGCAACACCUGCUGCUGCAUCCGACAACCCUCUAGACGCACCCGACGCACCACGGCCGGAAGCCGAAGAUGCGGAUGGUCAAGAGGAUGAAGAAAUGGGCGGCACCGACGAUGCAAAGAAGGAGGGCGAAAGCGCCGAAGCUGCGGAUCCCGAAGCACAAGCAAAAGCCGAUUUGCAAUCGGCAGCACGCUCCCACUUUGUCACGCAGACUUAUGCGACCAUUAUCCCAAGCUACGCGACUUGGUUUGACAUGCGCUACAUUGACUACCGCGAGCGCAAGGCGCUGCCAGAGUUCUUCAACAACCGUAAUCGCAGCAAGACCCCGGCCGUCUACCGCGACUACCGUGAUUUCAUGAUCAACACAUACCGCCUCAACCCAUCCGAGUACCUCACAGUCACCGCAUGCCGAAGGAAUCUCGCUGGAGACGUGUGCGCCAUCAUGCGUGUACACGCCUUCCUCGAACAGUGGGGGUUGAUUAAUUAUCAGGUUGACCCGCAGGAACGCCCAUCGAACAUUGGCCCACCCUUCACCGGCCACUUCCGCGUCACAGUCGACACCCCCCGUGGACUCCAGCCCUUCCAACCAGGACCAGGCUCAAAAGUGACAGAGGGCAAGCAACUCGUAGCGACUGACCGCGCCGCAAGCCAACAACCUCUUGCAAAGAGCGAGACCAAGUCUCUAGCGGGCCGAAACAUCUACGAGCCCAAUGGCAAGGAGGCUUCCGUAGAACCCAAGGCUGCAAACGGAGAAGCGGCUGCAAACGGCGGAUCAGUUGACGUCAAGGACCUCGAGGCUGCCGCCAAAGAGCCAACCAAGGUCAUCAACUGCUUCAGCUGCGGUGUCGAAUGCACACGUGUACAUUUCCAUGAGACGAAACCCUCUGAGCAGCCAGGACAGCUCAAGGCUGCUGGAGGUCUGAAGCGGGAUCUGUGCCCCAGGUGUUUCGUAGAGGGCAACUUUCCAUCCGGCACAUCAUCAGCAGACUUCACCAAGAUCUCGAAUCCAGAGGAUUUGGCAGCUACCGAGACCGAGGAGAAGUGGACCGAAGAAGAGACCCUCUUGCUACUUGAGGGGUUGGAGGAGUUUGAUGACGACUGGAAUCGUGUUGCAGACCACGUUCAAACAAAGACUCGCGAACAGUGUGUGAUGAAAUUCCUACAACUCGAGAUUGAGGACAAGUACGUCGAAGCAGAUCUACCAGAGUCACAAUCCGCGGCUCCUUCAACCAAAUUCCUACGCGAUCUCGAGUACCUCAGCGAAGGCCGCGUCCCAAUUCACCAUGCAGACAACCCGAUACUAAGCGUAGUCAGCUUCUUGGCUGGUCUGGCACCUGCAAACGUCACUGAAGCCGCAGUCGCUUCAGGGCGCAGUGUCAACGAAAUGAAGCGCAUCUUGCAGGAGAAGAUCAACAAGGCCCCAACAGCCCCCUCAGAAAAGGGCAAGGAAAAGGAAGGCGAGCAGUCCACACCCGCAGCCUCAGCUUCAGAUAUGAAGCCAGAGGGCGGAGACGCCAUGGACAUUGACACAUCUGCCGAAUCCACUGCAGUAGCCACAAAAGAAGUAGACUCUUCUUCAGGCGGCAACCCGCUCGCCACCCUCCCCUUUGCCCUCUCCGCCGCGCGCUCCUCAGCGCUCGCCUCCCACGAGGAGCGCCACAUCACGCGCCUCGUCUCUGGCGCCGUCAACCUGCAACUCCAAAAGCUGCAGCUCAAACUUGCCCACUUCAACGACUUCGAGAAGCUCCUCUCGGCGGAGCGCCGCGACCUCCAGCGCCGCCGCCAACAACUCUUCAUGGACCGCCUCAACUUCCAACGCCGUGUCCGCGCCCUCGAAGACGCCACCAAGAAAAUCAGCUCCUCAAUGGGCGACCAGGGCCUGCCCGGUAGCAUGAGCAAUGAGGAUGCUGUGCAGGCGCUUACAGAGGCUAUUCGCAUGUUUGGCGUUGGCAAGGGUGAGGAUAGCAUGGGGGUGAAGCGGGAUAGCGUUGAUGCGGGGGUUGUGAUGCCGGUUGCUGAGGCGGCCGAGGGGUACGGUAAGAUAGAGAUUUAAGGGAAUGAUUUGGCUUCGUGGUAUGAGGAUUUGUUUGGUUCCUUGCUCUCCUUCUCGAUACGGUAUUGCAUGUGGGAGAGAAAUGAGAGGAGCACGGAAGGGGAGGACGAUGAAAGUUGCAGGGACACACGCGCCCCUUCCUCUCAUCUAACUUACAUUGUCUGGGCCUGGCUACGGCUGUCCUAUGUUGCGAUGGGGAUCCCGAAAGUUUUCAACUGGCAUGCGCAGAUGUGGAUGUGGAUGUGUGCGCAAAUCAUAUGUGCUCUCCGAACGAAAUGGGAUAUUUGGUGUUUUCUGGCGUUUCUUUUCUUUUUCUUUUCUCUCUCGAUUGAAAUGGGGAGGGGUAUGGGAUGUCUCUCUCUCUUCCAGGUAUUUUUCAUGGCACAGAAAUUCCGGGGCUUUUUGUCAGGCAGGUUUUCCAAGCUUGCUUGCUUGCUAUAUAUAGGUGUUGUUAGAGUAGUAGUAGGACUAUUGACCUUGUUU